AUGUUUUCUACGUUCGUGGGAUCCGAGGAAGUGGCACAUGUUGAAACUUGGUUGUUUUUUGAGGAUGUUAUUUUGUCGCCGUGCUUGGUGAAUGAAAACUUUCAAGUUUCAGUCGAUGGUCUUGGAAGUGAUGAUGCUCACGAGGAGGGGCAGUUGCGAUCUGCUGGUACUUAUUUAGGGCUGCAGGCAUCAUCUUCCGGCCACAGUGACUAUGACUUCCGCAGCCAUGUUACUCACGAACAUGUUCACCAUCAGUACCAUCACUACCAUCACCAUCACUACCACCACUACUAUCACAAUUGCCCCCAGGAGCAUAUGGACAUUAUACCGGUUGACGUCUCGUCCGUUUUUACCCCAACCGUGAGGGCAGAUGAGCAGUCGUUGCAUGCAAGCAAGUCAGCUGAGUGGAGUCACUUCGCAGCCGAAUGUGCAGCCGAAAGGAGGGUGCCUAAUCCGCAGUUAUUGACAGACAAAUCUCACACCGAAAUGCAGGCCGGGAAGGAGAAGGAAGAGAAUGAAACCGGCAAUAUAAAACUCAUAAGUGUCCCCAUAAGAGGGCAGCCUAGCCAAAUUUGUAUAUCCAUUAAUGUGCAAGGGAUUGAAGAGCCCCAUCUGGUCAGGCUGACUGAGGAGAUGGCUGAGAGGCAGUCUGUUUCCAGAAGGGAAUCAGUGCCACAAGAUCGCCAACAAUACCUCGAGGAGACUGGAAUGGAUAUACUAACCGGCAAUACCACAGUUCUCAACAAACCUUUGAUUUCACAGGAAGACUUUGUGUAUCUGGAGGUAGAAGGGGAUGCGAAGAAGCCGCAGCAUAAGCAGAUCAAGGACGCAGCUAUGGGGUGUAAUUGUACCUCCUAUCUGGCGACCGGGUCAGCCAUGCAUGGAGUCCUCCCUGGAGCACAUUUAGUGACACAUACACACACUACCGUCAUAGGGUCUGGGGAAGGGGCAGGAGCGGAAAGCAUGUCAGAUGCUACCGAGGGCAUGCACGUGCCUACACCUGAGAAUGCGAAUGCGAAGUCAACGCACGAGGAGCAUACCGGUGGGGCAACCAUUACAUGUAAUUGUGGCUCCUGUCUGGCGGCCGGAUCAGCCAUGCAUGAAGUCCUCUCAGAAACACACAUGGUAGCAGAUUCACCUACUAUCCUCAUGCCGUCUGAGGAAGCGGCAGAAAUAGAAUAUAUGGCAGAGCCACUCCAACGCAUGCUGGUUCCCCUGCGCGGGCUCAAUAUAAGUAUAUCCAAUAGCAUGCUUCCCGGUGAAGAGCCUUAUUCGAACGGAUAUGCGCCUGCGGCAGAACGUGGUUUAACCCCGCAAACCAGUUUCGAAAACGACAACUACCAUAAGCACCCCUGCCACCACGAACAUCAGCACCACCAAUACUACCAACACAAUCACCACCACCACCACCACCAUCAAAAAGGCGACCGCAAAUGUGAUAACCAAAUGCCGAUAGACAACGACACUGCCGUAACCAAAAGCCUGAUGGCACAGAAGGAGACGUUGCAGGCAUACAAGGCAUAUAAAAAGAGUCAAUGCGCAGGCUGUCUUGCGGAGAGAGGAGAGAGCGGUGGCCGGUUGCCGGAUCCAUUGCCUGUG